AACGUAGUAAAACGCCCGGUCCAGUCCACUCCUGGCGGUGGCCCGACAAGCUGUGGCAACGGAUGUACGCCGACGACUUUGGACCGAUAAACGGAACGAUGUUUCAUCUACUCACCGACGCACAUGCAAAAUGGAUUGAUGUGCAUUCAGUCACCCAAACGAUAUCUCAAAACACCAUUACUAAUACAGACUCUUCCUUUGCUACGUUUAGCAUCCCGGAAACCAUUAGGGCAGAUAAUUGUUCACCUUUUGCCGGUGCUGAAGUUAGUAAGUUUGUUGGCAACAAUGCGAGGCGGCAUAUCAAAACGGCCCCGUAUCAUCGGGCAUCGUACGGCUUAGAAGAAAGGGCUGUGCAAACGGUGAAACAAGGCCGACUAAAGCACCGAGUGAGAACUUUACCAAAGAAAUUGGAUCAUUUUCUAUCU